AUGGAUUUGGAAACGAUUGCAAUUCCGGAGAGAUCGGUGCGAGGACUUCGAGACAUUUCUCCAUCAUCGUCGUCUCCCUCGUCCUGCCGUACCCUCUCUCUCGACUCUCGCUCAUCUGCAUCAACAAAGCCAUCUUCAAGAGGGGCUUCUCCGGCAAUCGAAAAAGAAAAGAGCAACGGUGCUCGAGGCAGAAGCAGACGCAACCCUAAGCAGACUACACCCUUCUGGAAUCUCAUGUUCCGCCCACGAUCAUAUGAAGAGAUAUAUGCCGAACGAGCAUAUCUUACAACAUCUCUCCAUGUGUGUUCAGUUAAAGUGAUGGAAUUGAUACAUCAGUAUGCCUUGAUCGAAGAGGUUCUUCAAGCAAAAGAGCACCCUGGGAAGGAGAGACGGAAACUUCGCAAGCAAAUGAGUUUUAUCAAGGUCAAGUUUGCUGAGGCAUCUCGCCAGGAAAGGGCCAUCGUCAUGAGGCUGAGCGAGCUGCACAUGGAGCAACUGGGAAGAGAUGCCUGGGACCAAAUUCACCAACGCAGGAUGUUUCAUUCGAAUUUUUCGUCCAACACAGCCAUGCCGUCAACCUCUCCGGAAACGCCGCUCAGCGCAACAUCAAAGGAAUUUGUUCCAUCUGCCGGCCCACCAGUCCGUGCUCAGUCUUGUGCAUUAGAAGUGGAGAAACCUUGGACCCUUGACACUGUUGUCGAGUCUAAGGAAGAGGAAGAGGACGAUGACGAUGACGAGAGCCUCGAGGAGGAUGACAUUUCCAACGAUGACGAAGAAGAAGAAGUCGUGACGGAGGCGGAAGGCCACACUAGGGAUGAGGGUUUGUGUAAUCAUGGAUUGUGGUUCACAUACCAGGGCUACUCAGACGCCGAAAAUACCCAGCUGAGGCCGUCUCACCUCAUCGAGAGGCUGUCUUUAUGUGCACAAGAAAGACGAAAGAGUCUCCCAAGUCUUUGUUCAAUUUGGCCUGUCACUGAAGGCAGUGACUGA